GUCGGUCGGGCCAGCCAGCGUUUCAGUCUGCGAGAGCGCACGGUGUGGUGAGGAACGCGAGUAAACGCCGCUCAGCAGUCCGGUGUUGUGAGUGCUCUGUGAACACCAUGGCCGCCCCGAUGGCCUGCUACCCGGGCUUCGAGGCCCAGGCGGCGGCCGUGCCGGUGGCCCGGGCUGGGUCGUCGACCGGCCCCACGGCCAAGGACUACUCGAAGCCUCUGCACGUUGACUGCAGCGUCGAAUACGAGCUUCCGAAUCAGGCUCGGCCACCCGGCAAGAGCGAGCCCCUGCUGAUGAUCCACCCUUAUUACUACCGCAGGGCCGAGUCGCAGCGCCGGAGCACCUUUGUAAAUAACCUGCCGCAGCAGCAGCAGCAGCCUCAGCCGACGGCGCGCCGGACGCGCGGCUCCACGGCCGCAGCGGCCCUGCAGCAGCAACAGCAGCAGCAGCAACAACAGCAACAACAACAGCUGCAGCAGAGAUACCAACAACAACAGCAACCACAGCAUCAGAGCAUUUGGGAGCCGUACGGCACGCCGGCAGCCCUGGCCGCGCCUAACUGGCCGCCGGGCCUCGAGCCAAUUUACUGUAAGCCGCCGGCCCUCAGAAGACGCAGCAGCCGUCGGAAUGCGAAGCAGAUUCAGCAGCAGCCGACGACAGUGGUGGAUUUGGGGUUGAACAGGGUGCCGGACUACGCCCAUGUGGGCUCCUCGGCCGACAGUGGAAUUGGUGGAGUGUUAUCGUGGACGGACUCUGCCAGUCCGAUUGUGAUGCAGGCUGUGCAGCCGCAGGACGCGAUGCAGCACCUGCAGGACAACAAGCUGACCGCAGUGGCCGCGGCGCAGGAGAAUAGGCAAUCUCAGCAGCAGCAGCAGCAGCAACAACAGCAACAACAGCAGCAGCAGCCUCAACCGCAACAUCUGAAAUCGAAUAAUAAUCAGAGAGCAUUCAUUCGCGGCGAUUCGAAUACUGACCUUGCAGAGCUGCUUGCGGCCGCCUGUGGAGCGGAUCACCUGCCACCUUUGCCCAAGGUGGGUGUGGCCCCCGGGAAGACGCAGAUCCCGUCGCAGCCGCACCAGUCGUGCGGCUGUCCCUCAUCCUCGGUGCCGGGACGGCAGCAGCCGGCCGUGGGCGUGACGGCCGUGGCCUGUCGCUCGUGCCGGCCGGCGCCCGUGCAGCAGACCUACUGGCCGCUGGCCGCCUGCGAGCCCGAGCCGGCGGCCUCGGGGCGGCGGGCGUGGUCCCGCAGCUCCGGGGCGAAGCGCAGUCGGGUUAGCACGCCGGUGUGGCCGACGAGCGGCCAGUGCGGCCAGUACGUGGAGACGACGCCCGCGUGGCCGCCCGUGUGCCUCAACAACAUCAAUAACAACAACAGCAAAGACUGCGGCGUGUGCAAGGUGUGCCAAGACUCGAGCCAGUGGAACAACUACUACUGCCGCGCCGAGGACCGAAUGCUGUGGAACAACGAGAACAUGCUGCGGCUGUUCCAGGUGUAGCGCCCCUGUGCCAUUCCCGCGUGUUGUAGUGUAUACGAGUCGACACGAGCCCGCGAACUCUUUACGUGAUGAGUCUCUUCCAUGUCAGUGGUGCGACUUGAGCACACACAAACACACUUUAUUUGUUUUUUUUUUGUCUUCAGACUAAUAAUAAUAAUAAUGGAUCGGCGGCUUUGGUUGGCAGUGUGAAAAAUUCGGUUGCUGUGCUGCGGCAAAGUUCUGUUGGUAUUAUUUGAAGCACGAUGAUGCUAUUUUCAUAGGACAUUAAAUUUUAAAUUUAUUCAGUUUGGACUAUCAAUCUGAAUUUUUUUCCUUCCCCUCUUCUCACUACCAAAAGUGGUGAUGGUGUAUAUCUUAAUGUUAUACACCAAUCUUUAGCUUAAGUUUUACUCGUAAAUUGAGUAGCUUGGGUUUGAAAUUUUUAAACCAUCGAUUUAGUCCCUCUCCUGAGAGGUAAAGAUGAUUUGUCGUAAAUUGGGUCGAAAUUUAUAGAAUUAGUUAUUGAAUUUCAUGUAAAAAAUUCAAAAAUAUCUUAUUGUUUUUUUUUCUUUUCGUCGCUGUGUUGGAUAUUUAAUUUUUGAUGUAACUGUUUCAAUAUUUUUUUCUGGUCAUAUUAUCAUUGUUUUUAGUUUUGGGUGUUGCUUUUCUAAAAAAUUGAACUUUGUCAGCUCAACCGAAGCAUUUAUGCUUUACUAUAAUCAGCUGGCCAUCCAAAGUAAAAAAGAUCCUUUUCACUGGUGUCCAAUUUUGCCAGUCUCGAUAUGUUUUCCAGCUGGAGCUCAUUCAGUGAUUAGUGCUUGCAGUGUUUGUCUCAUUUUCUGCAAAUUUUUCUAUUUUAAAGAUCAAAAAUUUUGCUUAGACAGUUACCUGCAAGCAUUUCCAAGUUACACAGAGCUCCAGCCCAGUCUAAACCCAAUUUGAUUGGAAUUUUGCUUUAGCAUUUCCAAGUGACGAGCUUGAUGAAAUUUUAUAUUUAUUUAAAAAUUUACUCGUUUACAUUUCACGCACCGAGAUAUUUAUUAUUUUAAAUUUAUCUGCUCCGCGUAGUGUUUCUUUUACUCAAGCAAGUCAGUCAGUCAUUUUUGUAAUCAGGACGCCGUGUUUGUUCGUAAAGUGUAAUUCACGAUACCCGCGAUCUUUCAUUGUGCUUCGAGUCUCAUCAACGUCAUACAUAUUUGAACUUCACUCCUUGUAAGUUGUUCACACUUACGCAUACUGAUCAUGUAUUUUGUCACCGAUUUGUAAAAGGGUGAAACAUGCGUUGUUUUGCAGAUGUGUAUAAAAAGAAGAAGUGAAAUUUAGCUUUAAGUACGAUGAUAGACUUAAGACAUCAAUGGCUGAUUACAAUGUAGUAAAACAAUAUUCACAUUAACGUGAGAAAAGAUUGGAUUCGUCUCCCAAAAGAGAAAGAAAAAAAAUCACAAAAAAGCGAGAAAGCCCGCGAGAAAAAAUGAUAAAUGUUUGUAACAAUGUGAAUUUAUUCAAUUUAUGAGUAUGGUUACUGUUUUGAUUUCUGUUAAAAUAGCUCCCAUGAAAGUGGCGAUUAAAAACUGAUCAAUUCAUUUAUCCAAAUGCGUAAUCACGAGAAUUAAGUUUUAGAUUAUUUUCGUGGUUAUUAUGAAUAAUAUCGCAUAUGUAAGAAUAGUUCCUUUCGUUCGAUAUAGCAUUAUGGGGCUCUAUUAAACAAGCAAAAAUACAUUGAUAUGUGUACUACUGCUACAUACAUAGAUGUGUAAAUAUCGAUUACGCUUUUCGUUGUGUCUCCGCACUCAACAUAAAAUGAGAGAGAAGGUGAAGAUGGGGCGAUGAGGGAAAAAUUCAAAAGAACACUCAGUCUUCAUUACUAUAUCAACAAUCGAUGUGCACAGUGGCUAUAAAGACUUGAGACCAUUCCAUAUGAGCAAAAUAGGGAUUCAGUUGCAAAAGAGAACCAUAGCUAGGUCUGCAGUUAGACUGACGCAGAUUUGUAAUUUGCCUGAGUGAGUAAAAUAAGCGUGUGUUGUUACCACAUAUCCCCAAAAUAAUGUAAUACUGAAAAUGCUGAUUGUUUGAUUCACUCAUUCAUUCAAAUCUUUCAUUCAAACUUUGUUUUUCAUUUCAAAGUAUCUGUGAUAAAGUGUUUUAGAGGGAAUGUUACAUCAAUAACAAAAAUAAUUUAAUGAAUAAAUAAACGAAACACAGCCAAAACGAAAAA